CAUAAACAAAAGAAAAAUCUAAAACAAAUAUAAUAAGAAAAUGUCUGCAAAACAGAUCCUCCAAAAGUUCGACAAGAACAACGACGGCAAGCUCUCACUGGAGGAGUUCCGUGAAGCGGCUCUUGCUUUCUCUAAUAACAUUCCUGAUGAAGAAAUCACAAAGAUGUUCAAGGAAUUUGACGUGGAUGGUGACGGUGAGCUUGACGCUGACGAGUUUACUUUGUGCAUUAAUAACAUGUUGAAGGAAGCUUUUGAUUUUUGUGAUACUGAUGGUGACGGAAAGGUAACAGCAAAUGAGUUCCAUGCGGCCAUGACUGGGCUUGGGGAGGACUUCACAGAAGAAAAAUGUGCAGAGAUGGUUCAAGCCGUGGAUGCAGAUGGUGAUGGUUAUGUUAGCUUUGAGGAAUUUAUGGCUAUGAUCAUUGGCGAGUUUAAGAAAUGAAGGAUGACUGGUCUGCUUGUUUAGUAACUAUGUUUGCUUAUCCUUAUUGAUGUGUAUUGUCAUCGGUUCAGAGAUUUCUCGACCGUGUCUUGUCUUUAAAAAUAAUUUCAAGUGCAUGCUGUUAAAUACUGCACUUGCCAAAUGUCAUGUGGGUAUUUAGCAAUGAUUAUUGAAAUCUAAAAU